UGUGAUCUAUUAAAAUUUUCUUAAAAAUUCGCGCCGUUGGUCGUAACAGUUCAGUAAUUUGCAUCUGAAUCUAACCUUAGAUUUAAUUAACUUAUUUAAGACUAAUAAAAGUAUGUAUUCCAUGUUAUCAUAGAGUACGUAUAUCACUCUAACAAGAUAUGAAAAUUAUGUUCUGUUAUAUAUAAUUAAUUAUUAAUUGCUGGAUAAAUUAAGAUGAAAAAUUUAUCCUGUUUGAUAGUGUUUAAAUGCAACAUACAUAACCAAUAAUUGCUGUGUGUCUGAAAUCUAAAAGAUGAAAUAUAAUUGUAUAAAAAAUAAUUUAAAUUGAAAAUAUAAUAACAUCAAUUUAUAAGUAAUUCAUAAAUCCAUUAAAAAUAAAAUUCUCCUAUUAUUUUUAAUGUGAAUUGCUAAUAUAAUGGAUUCAGUAUCGAAUGUACUUGGUAUUGAUAAAGUGAAUAUGGAUGGAAAAUUAAUUUGUAUAGAAGAGCAACAUGAUACUAAUGCAAAUUUUGUAUUGAGUUCUAUUAUAUCUAAUGCAUUAAAAAGGAAUUAUGAAAUAUGUUUUGUAUUAUUUCAUAAUACAAUGAAUCAUUAUCAUAACAUGGGCACGAAAUUUGGUUAUAAUCUUACAUUACUGAAAGAAAAAGGUAAAGUCACAAUUAUAGAACCAAUGAAGAUUAUUGCAUUUAACAUGGAAUAUAUAUACGAACAAACAGCAAACAAUAUAGUCCAUGAUAUAUUUGUAAUUAUUAAAAGUGAACUUGAUAAAAUAAUACAAAGCAAUGAACAUGUUGUUAUUAUAAUUGACGACUUAAGUCAUAUUUAUAAUUUUGGAUGCAAUUUGAAAGAAUCUAUGUAUUAUAUAAGAUAUUUAAGAUCACUUAUUGAAUAUUAUAAUGUGUCUCAACUUUGCGUUGUAAUGCAUACCUAUAAAGAUGAAAAUUCUUUUUCCAAUAUACUUACACAUGGACUGAAAUACAUAGCACACUUAUUUAUUAAGACCGAGCCACUUGAAACAGGAUAUUCCAGUAAUGCAUCUGGAAAUAUAACAAUUAAUUGGAAAAUAGAUGAUGUUAGAAUAAAAUAUAAUUGGCCUGAGGUAAUGAAAUAUAUAUAUAAGUUAUCAGAUCGUCAAGUACAAAUUUACUCACCCGGUACAUCGGCUUUAUUAGCGUAAAACGAAUCUCUUGGAAAUUUAUAAUUUUAUAUGACAAGUAUGUGUAUGAAAAAAUAAUAAACCAUUUUAUAAAUUUA